AUGAGUGGUUCAUCACUGCCUUACAUUGGGAGCAAGAUCUCGCUCAUCUCCAACGCGGAGAUCCGCUACGAGGGUAUACUGUACACGAUCAACACAGAGGAGUCUACUAUAGCUCUGCAGAAUGUGAAAUCGUUCGGCACCGAAGGUCGCAAGGUUCCUAACGUCCCUGCCAGCGACGAGGUUUAUGAUUUUAUUAUAUUCCGAGGCAAAGACAUCAAAGAUCUCACUGUCCUCGAGGGCGCUGGUCAAAAGGCUGGCGCUCUCGUCGACCCAGCUAUUGUGAGCAUGAAUCAAGCCCCUAAGGUUGGUGGUACCAAUCGUCAACAGAGAGACGAUAGAAGCGGUGCUCGUGGUGGUGGUGGUGGUCGCUGGGAGGAUCGUCGUGGAAACUGGGGUUAUGGUGAUAAGGGUUACGGUGGCAAAGGUAAGGGUGGCUACUACUCUGGCGGUGGUUAUUCGGGUGGUGGCUACUCUGGUGGUGGUUACUAUGGUGGAUAUGGUCGCAGUGAGAGGCCCCAUAGGAGGCCUCCUACUCGUACAGGUCCUGUUGGUGAACUGGUCCCGAACGUGAAUCCUGAGGCUAAGGCUGAGGUGAAGGAGGAGUUUGAUUAUGCUGGCAAUGCUUCCAAGCUCGAGAAACCCGACGAGAGUGCUGUUUCCACUGCUGGUACGACUGUAAGAACUGGCUAUAGCAAGAACAAGGGAUUCUUCGACGACAUUUCGUGUGAUGCUCUGGACCGUAAGGAGAGGAGCACUCAAGGUGCUGCAGUCGAUCCGGCUAUCUUCGAUCAACGAGCUAAGCAACGAGCCACAGAUAAAGAGACUUUUGGGGCGAUCGCUGCUCAGCGUCGUCCUUUCGGUGGCUAUCGACGCUCCUAUGGCAAGGGUCGUGGUGGUAAAGGCGGCAAGGGUAAGGGCCGUAACUAUUAUUAA